GGGCCCGACCUGUCUGUGCUAUGUUCCCCGUGACAGUACCUGGCGUCGAUCGAUAAUAUCCCCUCCCCACCCUCGUUGCACUGACCUGCCCUUCUCUUGUCAACGUCCGCCAUCGUGCUGCCACUCUCUCCUUCACUGCUGCGUGCCGACCAGCAAACAUUCACUUGCGCUAGCCUUCAGUCACUCAUUGUUUGCCAUCAUCACGAGGAAGCAGGUCUCCCCGUUAGUCGUUUCUAGCACUAUAUCAAGGGUGCCACCCUUAACGUCAACCAACCUGGCUCUCCCGACCGCGAUCGCGGAUCGCAAAGGUUACGACAAGAUGUCAGACAUCGAGAAGAUGAUCGGUGGCGACUACGCCCAGCUCACAAACACCAACAUUCGCAGCUUCGGUUGGAAGGGAGUCACAGUUACGGUCAAAGAUCGACAAUCACAACAGCCAAAGACGAUCCUCUCAGAUAUCAAUGGCAUUGUCAAGGCGGGCGAGCUGCUUGCGCUCAUGGGACCUUCCGGUUCCGGCAAGUCUACUCUCCUGAACGUGCUUGCCCACCGCACAGCUACUCUGGCAGCUAGCGUCCGGGCAGCCAUCUACAUCAAUGGUGCACCGGCCAACCCCAAAACUUUCCGCCGCAUCUCCGCCUACGUCGAGCAAGAAGAUGCGUUAGUAGGUUCGCUCACCGUCCGCGAGACGCUGAACUUCGCCGCCCGCCUGUCGCUGCCGAAGGCUGUCAGCAAGCUUGAGCGGAUCCAGCGCAUCGAGGCACUCCUUACAGCUUUCGGUCUUCAGAAUCAGGCUAACAACCUGAUUGGCACACCUAUCAGGAAGGGUAUCUCCGGUGGUCAGAAGCGUCGCGUGAGUGUCGCUUCGCAGCUGAUCACGAGCCCAAAGCUCCUCUUCCUUGACGAGCCGACUUCAGGUCUGGACUCUGCUGCCUCGUUCGAAGUCAUCUCCUUCGUCAAGGACAUCGCAAAGAAGCACAAUCUGAUUGUGAUCGCGUCAAUCCAUCAACCGUCUACGUCGACAUUCGCCAUGUUCGACAAGUUGCUGUUGCUAUCUCAAGGUGGCACCGCAUACAGCGGCCCGGUGUCUGAAGUCCAGCCAUACUUCGAUGCCUGUGGCUUCCCCAUUCCUCUAUACAUGAACCCAGCAGAAUUCAUCAUCGACUUCGUCAACACCGAUUUUGCUCGCGACCGUAGCGAAGUUGAUCAGCAGCUGAACAUGGUUCACUCGUCGUGGCAUAAGUCAAGGCUUGCCACUGCAACCGUGACAGAGCUUACGGAUGAGAUGGCCCGAAACUCGAUGGACACUGAUGUGAACGCCGAGGCCAGAGACGACUCUGCCGGCGCAGUCGCGAUCCCGUUGGCGCUUAUUCACCGCUCGUUCAUCAAGUCUUACCGAGAUAUCAUCGCCUACGGAAUUCGUAUUGCCAUGUACAUGGGUCUGGCUAUCAUGAUGGGCACCGUGUGGCUACGCCUGAACCCGACCCAAGGCAAUAUCCAAUCUUUCAUCAACGCCAUCUUCUUCGGCGGUGCCUUCAUGUCCUUCAUGGCUGUCGCAUACAUUCCCGCUUACUUGGAAGAUCGCGCACUUUUCAUCAAGGAGCGUGCCAACGGUCUCUACGGUCCGACCUCCUUCUUGAUCGCCAACUUCGUCACGGGCAUUCCUUACCUGUUCCUGAUUGCCAUGCUCUUCUCCAUCGUGGCAUACUGGCUAUCGAACUUCCGGCCGACGGCUGAAGCAUUCUUCACCUGGGUCAUGUGGCUCUUCUUGGACCUGCUGGCGGCCGAGUCGCUGGUCGUCCUCAUCAGCUCUAUCAUCCCCAUCUUCGUUGUUGCGCUUGCUGGCACUGCUUUUGCCAACGGUCUCUGGAUGUGUACUGGUGGAUUCCUCGUCCCACCCCAGACGCUGAACCCCUUCUGGCGAUACGUUUUCCACUACAUUGACUACCAGGCAUACGUCUUCCAAGGUAUGCUCACGAACGAAAUGUCCAGCCGGAACUACACCUGCGCCGCCAGCCCCACUGCCGCCAAUGGUUGCACCUGCAUGUAUCAGUCCGCACUCGAGAGCGAGUGCAAGAUUGCCGGAACUGCUGUCUUGAAGUCGUACGGUUACGGCCCUGGCAAUAACACUGGCAGACUGGUCGGGAUCAUGAUCGGAAUUAUUGCAGGCUACCGAAUCCUUGGGUGGCUUGUCCUCUACCUGCGAAGGACGUGAGAGUAGGUCACACGAGUCGUGGGAAUGCAAGCGUUUUCUUCGACAAUUGUAUAUUGUAGGGUGGAGGAGUCAUGCCGAGACGGAACAAAGUACCGCAUGACGGAAGUACAAGGAAUAAUGACUAUCCUUGAACAUAAUUCAGGGCAGAGUAUGUGUCCUACGGGGCUGUCUCUCUGGCCAGACAUCAGGGUAUGCUACGAUUGGCGUUGGAGGCUGGCUACUAUGUUGGGCAGCGGGUGUAAAGGAUCGCCGAACGUUACUCGAUACUGUCUUAUAAGAGC